GAGAUGACCACAGCCACCCCUUUGGGGAAUGCUCCCUUCUCAUUGAAUGUCACCAACAGGGAAGAAGACUUUCUAUACAAGAGUUCUGGAGCCAUCGUUGCUGCAGUUGUGGUAGUUGUCAUCAUCAUCUUCGCUGUGGUUCUGAUCCUGCUGAAGAUGUACAACAGGAAAAUGAGGACAAGGAGAGAAUUGGAGCCCAAGGGUCCCAAGCCAACCCCAAUUUCUGCUCCUGGCCCAAACAACAACAGCAGCCAACACCCAGCAACUGUGACCUUCAGCCCUGUUGACAUCCAUGUAGAGAAUCGGUGA